UCCCUCCCAUCCCUCCCUCCCUGGCUGCGCGGGCCGUGUGGGCGGUGUCGCCGCGGCUCCCCGGCCGUGUGUGGCUGUCCCCGGCGCUGUCCCCGAGCCCGCGGCGUGCAUGGCCCUGCGCGGGCGGCGAUGGCUCCGCGCUGAUGGCCCAGCUCGCCAUGGCUGCCAGAGAGGAGCUGUACAGCAAAGUCAUCCCCCGGCGGAACCGCCAGCCCCGCGCCGGGACCAUCAAACAUGGCUCAUCGCUGGAGAUCCUGCUCUCCAUGGGCUUCCCCAAGGCACGGGCACAAAAAGCGCUGGCAUCCACAGGUGGAAGGAGUGUUCAAGCAGCAUGCGACUGGCUCUUCUCCCACGUGGGUGACCCGUUCCUGGAUGACACCCUGCCCCGGGAGUACGUCCUGUACCUGCGCCCCACCGGGCCCCUGGCGCAGAAGCUCUCGGAGUUCUGGCAGCAGUCAAAGCAGAUCUGUGGCAAGAACAAAGCUCACAACAUCUUCCCACACAUCACCCUUUGCCAGUUCUUCAUGUGUGAGGACAGCAAGGUGGAUGCUCUCACAGAAGCCCUGCAGGCCACGGUGAUGCGCUGGAAAUGCAAAUUCCCUGCCCCGCUGCCCCUGGAGCUCUACACCUCCUCCAACUUCAUCGGGCUCUUCGUCAAGGAGGAAAGCGCUGAGGUGCUCAAGAAGUUCGCUGCAGACUUCGCUGCAGAGGCGGCUUCCAAAGCAGAUGUCCACGUGGAGCCCCACAAGAAGCAGCUCCACGUGACCCUGGCCUAUCACUUCCAGAGCAGCCACCUGCCCACGCUGGAGAAGCUGGCCCAGAGCAUCGAUGUCAAGCUGGGCUGUGACUGGGUGGCCGCGAUCUUCUCCCGGGACAUUCGCUUCGUCAACCACGAGACUCUGCAAGUGAUCUACCCCUACACCCCCCAGAACGACGACGAGCUGGAGCUGGUCCCAGGGGAUUUCAUUUUCAUGUCCCCAGUGGAGCAGACCAGCACGAGUGAGGGUUGGAUUUAUGGCAUUUCCCUUGCCACUGGCUGCUCGGGGCUGCUCCCUGAGAACUACAUCACCAAGGCAGAUGAAUGUGGCACCUGGGUGUUCCACGGGUCCUACUCCAUUCUGAACACCACAUCUUCCUCAUCCUUUCAAGCCUUUGCUGAUGGAGCUCUGGAGAGGAGGCAGCAGGAGGACCAAGGGCCAGGGGACGCUGGGCCACUCACCAUCAUCUGCCAGAACGUGCAGCCCCUGAGGAUAAGCAGCCAGCCAGGCCCUCAGAAGCGCUGCCUGUUCGUCUGCAGGCACGGCGAGAGGAUGGAUGUGGUUUUUGGGAAGUACUGGCUGUCCCAGUGCUUCGAUGCCAAAGGCAGGUACAUGCGCAGUAACCUGAAUAUGCCUCACAAUUUACCUCAGAGGAGUGGUGGUUUCAGGGAUUACGAAAAAGACGCUCCCAUCACCGUGCUGGGCUGCACCCAGGCGAGGCUCGUGGGUGAAGCUUUGCUAGAAACAAACACCAUUGUAGACUACAUCUACAGCUCCCCAUCCCUGCGGUGUGUCCAGACAGCUCACAACAUCCUGAAAGGUAUGCAACAGGAGAACAACCUGAAAAUCCGGAUAGAGCCAGGCCUGUUUGAGUGGACCAAGUGGGUGUCUGGGAGCACCCUGCCAGCCUGGAUCCCCCCUGUGGAUUUAGCUGCAGCUACUCUGAGCGUUGAUACAACCUACAGACCUCAUAUUCCUGUCAGCAAGCUGGUGGUUUCUGAGUCUUACGAUACCUACAUAAGCAGAAGCUACCAAGUCACAAAGGAGAUCAUCAGUGAAUGUAAAGGCAAAGGAAAUAACAUCCUGAUAGUGGCUCAUGCAUCCUCCCUGGAGGCCUGUACCUGCCAGCUCCAAGGGCUCUCCCCUCAGAACUCCAAGGAUUUUGUACAGAUGGUCCGAAAGAUUCCCUACCUGGGGUUUUGCUCCUGCGAAGAACUGGGGGACACUGGUGUUUGGCAGCUCACAGACCCUCCCAUCCUCCCUCUCACACAUGGACCAACUGGAGGCUUUAACUGGAGAGAAACCCUCCUGCAGGAGUAGGGAAAACCCCAGCAAGGACAGCCCAUGGCCUUUCCCAGCGCUGGAGAAUGUCUCUUCUUCCUUGUGUUUUAUUGGCAGCAGGAAAAAAAACCCUCUUCAUCUGUCCAGUGGCUCACUCAAAGCACAUCUCACACAGCCACAGCCGUGCAGAAACAAAAUUUACAACAAAAGGGGCUGAUUUGAGGGGGGAAAAGUUAUUAAAAUACAGCUUGAGGCUCUUGCACAGCCUCGAGGGUUGGUUUCCCCACCUUGAAGGGAGCUCUGGUGACACUUUCACUGCACCACGGUAGAAACACUGAGCCCUGUGUCAGGCAGGAUGCUGGGCUUGUUUUCUCACUGCUAUUUUUGCAAAGUGUCUGCAGGCUUGUUCAGCACCUCGUGCUCGCUCUGCUCCCAGCCCCCAAAGCCUCAGCGCCUUCCAGAAAAAUAAAAACGCGUCCCCAAGGCUGGAAAUGAGUCCAGCAUUGCCUCUGCAGGCUGCAGCAGGGUAUUCCUCCCCUCUGAAUGAGCAGACAGAGCUGGGAGUGCUCCAGAAUGUGUUGGAUAUUGUGUGGAGAUUGGUUGAUGUUGAGGAAAAUUCCAAAUUUCGCAUCAGUUACAGGUGAAGUUUGAGCAUCAAAAGUCAGUGCAACAAAAGCUGAGAGGAAUUUCUUUGAAGUGGAGAUAAAAGAAGCCUUUUCCAACCAAACCUGAGGGAUUUAAGAAGUUCAGAUUUGGGUUUUUAUUCCUUUACUUUGGUUAUUGAAAUCCACCUGUGUGCCCAGACACAGCCUAAAAGGUUUGUGCUGUUGAAAUUCCCUUCAAAGGGCUUUGGAAAAGGGGUUUCCCCUUUUAUACUGGGAUUUUUGUGCUGGCCAUUCACCCAGGAGUGGCUCUGUGUCCCUUUGGCAGCCCUGGUGAGAUUGUGCAGGCAGCAGGUUGAUCCAGGAAUGAUGGGAUGAGAAAGCUGCUGGAAUUCUGAGUGCUUUGCUUCCUUACUGCCAUCUGUCUAAAAUAACCCCAGAACACUUAAAUUUAGGAACAACAUUUGAUGCUGUUUAUCCAGGGAGGGAAGGGCUGGGAUCUGGGGAAAGUGGGAGAGGAGGGUUCCCAUCUCUAUCCAGGAUGUUUGGGAUCACGAGGGGGAUCCUCUUGGUGCCAGAGCCUGCAGGAUGCUCAAAGCAGCUGCACCCCAAAAUACACCACAGUGGGUAUGGAUAACAAGAAGUGGCAUCAGAACAGGGAUUUUUAGGAUCAGAAUUACCUAAAAUUAUCAGCCUUGGGUCAAAAAGUAGCUGCAGGCACUUCAGCAGUGCAGGCUUGCUGCCAUCAGCUACUUAAAACUGGGUUUAAAUGGGAUGGAAGAGAUUUAGGCACACUCCUUUCAUGGUUUGGGCACAAGUCUGAGUGUUCCCACAAACAGAACCAUCCCAGAAUGGUUUGGGUUUGGAAAAGACAUGAAAGUUCAUCCAGUUCCAUGGGACAGAGCAGGCUGGACAUUUCCAGGGAUGCUCUGGGCAACAAAUGCAGAGCACCAAACAUUAAAACAAAAAAGCAUCAACCAAGUGGGGCAGGAUUUCAUUUCUGAUCUCUGAAAUCCUUGCCCAGCUCUGCUCAAUGCCCUCAUUUGAAAUGGGUGAGAGGCACAGAAGUCAGCCCUGACCAGAUUUGAUGUUUAUUAACCAUAGAAAAAUCAACUUUUGGCUGGUGUUUUGGUGGAUUUUCCCCUUGGGCAGGGCCAAACAACCAAGGAGUGAGAAACUGCAAUUCCCUCUUCCCAAAAGAGGCCAAACAAUUGGGAUGGAGCAAAUCCAAAGGGGCUGAGCUCAGUUCUGAGCUCGCCAGGGAGAGCAGAGCACAUCCUGUCUGUAUUCACAGAAUCCCAGAUAUUCCCACAAUCCAUAGGAAUAUUCCAUUAUUUCUACUUUUAGGACUGUGUAACACACCUUAGGCCACUCGUAGGUGCUUUAUUAGAGCAGGGAUGGAACUGAAAAGUCAGGGAGAAAAUUUAGGACAGGGCAGGGUUAAAAAAAACCCCAAAAUCCUGCUCCUGUGUGGUUUUAUUGCUGUCAGGUUAAUUUUUAAUUGCCAUUUAAACUAUUUUUUGGCUGUGUACAGACAUUCUGAAGAGCAUUUCUGGCUUGUUUUCCUCCAUGCAAAAAAAAAAAAAAAAAAAAUUAAAAAAAUAUAAUUAAAGUAAAUAUUUGACAAUCAAACACACACACAAAAAAAUUUUGGUUGCUGAGGCGUGUGAAUUCUCCAGGUUUUUUGUUUCAUGUCAGCAAGGUGCAAAUUGAGGCAAGGAAUAUUGUUAUAGUCUAAUAUUUAUUGCCUGUAGAAAGAGUGGAGGCUGCUCAGAUCCUGCUGGAGUUAAACACAUGAAACAUGAAACAGAGUGGGGGAAAAGCUGGGUGCACAAUUUGAGCGGUGUUAGCUGCUCUUUGAUAUAGUAAUAGAGGAAAAAAUGUUCUGGCUGAGGAGGUAGAUAUUAAAAUACUCUUCUUUAAAUAUAUAUAUAUAUAUUUUUGGAUGUUUGGGAAAUAUUUUGACAAUUGUAGUAUUGUCUCGAAUUCAGUGUCAAGAAUCACAGGGAGAAAAAUCUUAUUUUCAUCAGAAUUUUCAGUUUUCUUGGGGGUUUUGUGUUGAGCAGUCUCGUGUUGAAAAGGCUUUUUGGGGGGGAAGAAAAGAGAAAAAAGUUGUUCCAUUUAAAUUUGUAAUUGAGAGGUUAAGAAAACAAAAGGAUUUCACCCCACUGCUGCUCAUUCCUGUGGAUUUAAUGUCUCUCCAGUGUUUUGUCCCAGAACAUUAAACUUGAUCUCUCCAAAAUCUUUUCCUUCACUGUGAGCUGUGGCAGACCCCAAGUUUUAUUCUAACAGCUCUUCCCAGGUUUUUCCUUCUCUCCACAAUUAAGGAAAAAAGCUGCAAACCUGCCAAGAAUAAAUUGUUCAUUUUCAUCCUUCGCAAUGUAUGGCUUAGAAAAACACAAGAAUUAAAUUAGCAUUACACUCAAAUCAACAGAGCUUUGCCUUUUUAUGCAAAAUGAGGAUCCAGACCGUGAUAACUUCAGUAAAAAAUUGGUAUUUCCCUUUUCACUGGGACUGAGCAGUUUCAGCCAGAAGCUGGCUGAGGCCAGGAGCCUCCCUCUGCUAUUAAAUUCUAGUUAAUUUAAUGAGAUUCAUCAUUUUUAUCCCUAAAUAAUGGCUUGGGUUUGCGGUUUGGGUUCGUUUCUUUAAAAAGAGGCACAGAGGAAACGAUUUUGAAGUCACAAAUAGUGCUUGGGAUGGUGAUAAAUGAACAAAAGAAAUGUCAUUAAGGGUGGCUGGGAUUGGCUGCUAAAUCACUUCUUGCUGCUCCUCACUUCCUCAAAUUUGCUCCCCAGGGAAUCUUCAUGACCCACAACAGAAAAUACUCAGCCAGUUCCUUUAUUGUGUCCCAUUAAAAUGUGUUUUCUGAACGUAUGAAAUGUAUUUUCUUUCUCUCCAUGACAUCUCUUCAGAUUUGAUGUUAUCAACAGCUCCUUUUUUUUGUUGUUGUUGUUUCAUUUUCAACCUGUUGUAUCAUUCUGUUUAUAAUGGUUUUUGUUUUUUAUUUAGUGUGAGCAGAUUGUAUUUAUUUGAGAAGAAAAAAAAAAUGUUUGCUGUUUAAAAAAACCCAAUAAUUGCAUUGCCAAAAAUAGCUGUAAUUACCCGUGACAUCUGUAUUUUUUUAUUUUGGGAGUGGGGCAGGCAGGGGGGUGGGUGGUUGUUUUUAAUCUCAGUUUUGAGUGCUAACAACUGUUAAAACAACCACUGCAUUUUAAUUUGCUUCUCACAUUAAAUGGAAUUCUCAGAAGUCAGACAAAAAUAUCUCGUAGGUGAUUUAAUAAAGAUGCCAAGCACCCUUCCUAUUCCAGAUUUCCUCUGGAGUGUGGUGGAA